AUGUUACAAUUUCUCGUCACUUUACAAUGGCUCAAAUAUUUGGUGGUUUGGUAUGGCGGCUUGAGCUUAUUUACAAGCAGGUGUUCUUAUCCACCAACAUAUUUCCUUGAUCUGUCAGCAUCGAUCUCAAGACCCUUGCCAAUGACGUCAACGUCAAUACCGCCACCACCAACAUCAAUAUCAAUAUCAUCAUCCCCUGAGAUUCCCUCAUUUGUUGCUCAAGAUAUUAAUUGUACAAACGUUCAAAACUGUCGAGACCCUGAAGGCUCAACUCGACAGUGUAGUUAUCAAUGUCUACAAGGGAAACGAUAUGUGAAUCAGGAUAAUAAUAAUUCCGUCUUACGAGAUCAUUAUUACCGAAUAAAUAAUUUUUGGGAACCGUUAUCAUUGUCCUUCAGCGAUGAUUAUGGCUAUAAUAAUCUUUGGAAUUUUUUAGUCGAUGAUCCCACAUUGUAUAUUUGUUUGGCCCUUGGAUUGUUGGGGAUUGACAUGUACAAUAAUUUAAUUAUUGGGAUCACUAAUUUUGCAAAACAUUUACACCGUGAUACUAUUUCCAUAAUUUCAAAACGGGAAGAAGAGGAAAAAGAAGAAAAAGAAAAAGAAAAAGAAAAAGAAGAUAAUAAACCAUUAAUGUCAUCUAAGGAAAUUACCCGAUUAAUCAAGGAAAUCAGCGAUGGGGUCAUCGCCACCGUGGUCAGUGAUAUUGAUUGCAAAGUACGCCAAUACGAAACAGAUAUCAAAGUUUUGAAUGAUACAUUUGGAGUGGUGCAGGAUUCCAAUAAAGAUCUUGAGACCCAGAUUGAUCAGUUGAAACACCAGCUGAUGAUGACCUUGGAUAAAGUUGGUCAGGUAGAAGAAGCCUGUGGUCCGGUAUUGGCAUUCACUUACCAAGCGUUGGGGAUGGUUCGAGACGUGACGGAUAUUUUAGUGAUGAUGGAUGGAGACGACGAGGGUAUUUUGUUGAACAACAAUGACUUGGAAAUAAUUAAUGAUGGGGUUCUACACAUACAAAAUGAACCCCAGAUUUUAUAA